AUGUCAAGUAAUGUUGCAGUGAAGAAAGAUGAACCCGGGGCAUUUAAUAUUCCAUGUACUAUUGGGUUGUAUCAAUUUGCCAAAGCACUUUAUGGUUUGGGUACUUGUAUAAAUUUGAUACCCUGUGCUAUUUUCAAGCCACUUGGUUUGGGUGAGCCCAAGCCAACCAUAGUGCAGCUUCUAAUGGUUGAUCGUUCUAUAAAACGUCUCACCAGUAUUCGCUAUGACAUCUUGGUGAAGGUUUAUAAGUUCAUAUUUUUGGCCAAUUUUGUUAUUCUUUAUUGUGAGAUCGAUGCCGAUGUUCCUAUUAUUCUUGAUUGGACUUUCUUGGCUACCAGUAGAGCACUUGUCGAUGUAGAGAGUGGUGAAUUAAAGUUUUAG